AUGGAUUCUGAUUCAUCUGGAUCUUCUAACGGCUCUGCCGAUUACGAAGAGCGUGUGCAUAAUGUGAUUCUUCGAGCCGCCGAACUAGUUAGACGGCGGAUUACUGACCAACCUGCCCCAAUCAUUCACCGAAGAGUAUCAGUUGAUCGUGAUCGUAUUGAAGCACACGCGCGUUUGAUGCGUAAUUACUUUGCUGAUGAACCGCGAUACAACGCGAGAUUGUUCAGAAAAAGGUUUCGUAUGACAAAAAAUUUAUUUGAGCGGAUAGUUGGUGAUUUGGAGCCUAGGUACCCAUAUUUUCAGACGAGAUAUGACCAUGCUGGGAGAAGAGGGUUCAUCGGGGUACAAAAGUGUACAUCUGCAAUUUGUCAAUUGGCAUACUGCGUGAAUAGUGAUUUUCUUGACGAGUAUUUGUAG